AUUUUUUUUAUAUUUUUCCUUUUUCCCUGCAUUUAUUUCUCAUGAAUUUUAGUUUCCCCAAAUCCACCAUUUUCCCACAAGUUCCCAUCCUGUGACUCACACAAACCCCUGGAUUAUCCCGUAUCCAAGAUUCCUCCCAGCCAUCCAUGCUGCAACCCUGCCCCGUGCUGGGAAAAACGAGAUCAAAUCCAAUUAUGGAUAAAACCAGCAGAGCUGGGGGGCUUUUCCCUGGAAAAUCAGGGUUGGAACCAGGCAGCUUUUCCAGCCUUUCCUUCACACCUCUAAGAAAAGAAACAAAACUCCCCCAAAUUCCUCCAUAAUUUUUUUUUUAAAGGAGAAAAGAUUCCCGAGAUAUUUGAACAGCUGGAAAUUUUACAUACCCGAAAACGCCGGAGCACUUAAAAGGAAAGGUGUGGAUCCAUCAGAGGGAAGCGGGAAUCGAUGGAUCCAUCCUUUCCUUUCAUGCUGGUUCUGCAGGAGCUGCUUUAAAAGCAGCGGGGAAGGAGGGAAAAGAGCGGGAUCGAUCCAGGAGGAGUCGAUGGGGAAUAAACUCGGCUCAGGAGCCCUUUCCAGGGAGAGCACGGCGGAGAUAAAACCAAAACUUUGCCUUUCUCGCUCUUUUAAUGUUUUUUGUUUUGGUUUUUUGGGUUUUUGAGAGGCUUUUAAAGGAAGAAAAGGUUGGACUGGGGUCAGCGCGGGGCGGGAGAGCUGGAGGAAAUCAUGGAAUCAAAGGCUGGAUUGGGAGAGGAGCAGGAGAUGCUGGGGGGUUCAAACCUGUCCCAGAUCCCCCCUGAGAAUUCCCGGUGUUUGGGGAUGAUUUUCCCUAAGGAAUAUCCCACUGGAGGGCUGCAAAAGGGGCUGGAGCUCCUGGGUGGGGGAAGCUGGAGCUGGGAGGAUGAGGAGCAGGGAGCAGAGCCUGCAGGAAGAUUAUUCCCAUGGAUAAUAAUUAUUCCCAAGUCCCACAGCUCUGGUUCUGCUCAGCCACAGAUCCAGAAGCUGCUGCGGGUCCUGGGCAGAUUCCAUGGGAUAAUUCCUCCCAGAUUUUCUGGGAUGAGAGGGCACAGAAAAUGCCAUGGAUAUAAGGUGGAAAUCAUGGAUUUGUUUCGGGGAUCCUGGGAAGAUUCCAUGGGAUAAUUCCACUCAGAUCCCACGGGAUGGGAGGACACAGUUCAAUCAGGGAUAUAAAGUGGAAUUCAUGGAUUUGUUUGGAGGGUCCUGGGCAGAUUCCAUGGGAUAAUUCCACCCAGAUUCUCAGGGAUGGGAGGGCUCAGUGAAUGCCAUGGAUAUAAAAUGGAAUUCAUGGAUUUGCUGGGCAGUUUUGAGGGCACUGGGGGUCCCGGGCAGAGUCCUGGGGGUGCCAUCCUCAGGUUUUUACCUCCCCAACCUGCCCCUUGUUCUCCACGAACCCAACCCCUCCUCUAACCCAACUCUGUAAUUUUUCCAGGAAUGACCUCGAGGAGGAGCCCAGAAGAUGCAGCCGAGCAUGAGAACGACUCCUUUGGGGGGGAAGAAGAGGCCCAGCUCUGACUGAGGUGCCCCCAGCACUUUGAGCUCCCAUUUUGGGGGCACCAGGCCGGGGCCGACGCUCCCAGGGGCUCGCAUGGAUCAUCCCCCACCACGGGCGCCGUCCCCACCUCACCAUCACUGCUGUCACCCCGUGGCCAGCUCUGGAUGCUCCCUGUGACCUUCUCCAGCCCAAAAUGAGAGGCCUCCAGGCCAGCUGCCUGCUGCUGUGCGUGGUGGCGGCCAGCGCCACGCCCACGGUGCCCUGGCGGGUGGCGUGUCCCCCGCGCUGCGUGUGCCAGAUCCGGCCCUGGUACACGCCCCGCUCCGCCUACCGCGAGGCGGCCACGGUGGACUGCAACGACCUCUUCAUCACCUCGGUGCCCCCCGGGCUGCCCGAGGGCACCCAGACCCUGCUGCUGCAGAGCAACAACAUCGCCAGGCUGGAGCAGGGCGAGCUGGGCUACCUGCGGAACCUGUCGGAGCUGGAUCUGUCGCAGAACAGCUUCUCCGACGUCUGGGAUUUCGGGCUCAGGAACAUGCCCCAGCUGCUCAGCCUGCACCUGGAGGAGAACCAGCUCUCCGAGCUGCCCGACAGCAGCUUCCCGGGCUUGGGGAACCUGCAGGAGCUCUACCUGAACCACAACCGGCUCCGCAGCAUCGGCCCCCGCGCCUUCGCCGGCCUGGGCAGCCUCCUGCGGCUCCACCUCAACUCCAACCUGCUGAGGACGCUGGACAGCCGCUGGUUCCAGAUGCUGCCCAGCCUGGAGAUCCUCAUGGUCGGGGGGAACAAGGUGGACGCCAUCCUGGACAUGAAUUUCCGGCCCCUGGGCAACCUGCGGAGCUUGGUGCUGGCCGGGAUGCAGCUGCGGGAGAUCUCGGAUUACGCCCUGGAAGGGCUGAGGAGCCUGGAGAGCCUGUCCUUCUACGACAACAAGCUGGCAGAUGUCCCCAAGAGGGCUCUGCAGCAGGUGCCCGGCCUGAAAUUCCUGGAUCUGAACAAGAACCCGCUGCAGAGGGUCAAGCAGAGCGACUUCACCAACAUGCUGCACCUCAAGGAGCUGGGCCUCAACAACAUGGACGAGCUGGUGUCCAUCGACCAGUUCGCCCUCAUCAACCUCCCCGAGCUGACCAAGCUGGACGUCACCAACAACCCCAAGCUGUCCUUCAUCCACCCCAAGGCCUUCCAGCACCUUCCGCAGCUGGAGACGCUGAUGCUCAACAACAAUGCCCUAAGUGCCUUGCACCGGCAGACGGUGGAGUCGCUGCCCAACCUGCAGGAGAUCAGCAUCCACGGCAACCCGCUGCGCUGCGACUGCGUCAUCCGCUGGGUCAACAGCACGCGGCCCCGCGUGCGCUUCAUCGAGCCCCAGUCCACGCUCUGCGCCGAGCCCCCCGACCUCCAGCGCCGCCACAUCCGCGACGUCCCCUUCCGGGAGAUGACGGAGCAGUGCCUGCCGCUCAUCUCCGCCCGCAGCAUCCCGGCGCGCCUGGAGGCCGAGGUCGGCGACGACGUGGCCCUGCACUGCCGGGCGCUGGCGGAGCCGGAGCCGGAGAUUUACUGGGUGACGCCGGCCGGGGCGAAGCUGCUGCCGUUCGGGGACGACGGGAAGUUCAAGGUGCACUCGGAGGGGACGCUGGAGAUCCGCGGGAUCGCGGCGCGCGAGGCCGGGCUCUACACGUGCGUGGCUCACAACCUGCUGGGCGCCGACACCCGCGGCGUCCGCGUGCUGGUCAACCGCUCCUUCCCGCUGGGCCAGGCCGAGCUGGAGCUGCUGGUGGUGGACGUCCAGCCCCAUCACGUCCUGCUGGCCUGGCGGCCGUGCCUCAACGCCGUCUCCUCCAACCUCACCUGGGCCAGCCCGGCGCUGGGCUGGCGGCUGGGCGCGGCGCGGAUCCCGGCGGGCACCCACAGCUUCAACGUCACCCGGCUGCGCCCCGACACCGAGUACCGGGCGUGUCUGCACGUCACCUUGGUGGCGUCGCCGGUCAGGGUGGCUUGUGUGACCACCAGGACUAAAGAGGCCAGCCAAGGGGUGCCGUGGGGACAGGGGACGCUGGUGACGGCGCUGCUGCUGUGCCUGCUGCUCCUGGGGGCGGCGGCGCGUGCCGGAUCCCGGCGGGAAUCGCUCCGUGGGGCCGGGGCCGUGCGCGUGGUUUAUCCUGUGCAGCCCCGGGGACAGCUCCUGGCCGUGGAGGUGCAGGCAGCACCCCUGGAGUGCUGA